AACAAAUCAAGUUCGUGCCUCAACCGGCAAUCCUUCUUAUAUUAUUUUAAAUGACCUUCGAUAUACUUUAAAUAUAUUAGAUUUGCCAUUUUUUAUAAAAAUUUGCAGUAAAAAUGAUUGUUGGUGGAAGAUCACUGAAACAUGCAACCAGGUUACUGGCGACACCAUUAUCAACAUCUGUAAGCAAUCGCAGUGCUCACCAGCUGCCGGAACUUGGUUAUGAAUAUAAUGCAUUGGAACCAAUUAUUUCAAGGGACAUUAUGGCUCUACAUCACAGCAAACAUCACCAAACAUAUGUCACAAAUUAUAAUGCGGCAGAAGAAAAAUUAAACGCCGCAAUCAAAGCAAAUUGCGUGCAAACAAUAAUCAAUUUACAACCUGCAUUGAAAUUCAAUGGAGGAGGACACAUCAAUCAUUCUAUCUUUUGGAAAAACCUUUCCCCGAAGGGGGGUAAACCAAGUGACCAGCUACAGAAAAUGAUUGAAUGUGAUUUUGGAUCUAUGGAUAAGAUGAAAACUGCUUUGUCUACAGCAGCUGUAGGUGUUCAAGGCUCAGGAUGGGGAUGGCUGGCUUAUAAUAAAACUGCUAAAAAGUUACAAAUAGCUACAUGCGCAAAUCAAGAUCCAUUGGAAGCAACCACUGGUCUGGUUCCACUAUUUGGAAUUGACGUCUGGGAACAUGCAUACUACCUUCAAUAUAAAAAUGUCAGGGCUGACUAUGUAAAAGCAAUUUUCGAUGUUGCCAACUGGGCAGAUAUUAGUGAAAGAUUGCAAAAUGCAACAAAAUGUUGAGCUGUGUCAAAGGCAGACAACACUGGAAUAUAGUUUUGCACAAAGUGCAAGAAAAAUUUACUGUGGUUUAGAUUUAUGAAUAUCAUAAGUACAU